AUGUCUGCAUUCCCACAACACCAACCUACAACUCCAGUCUACAGCGAAGCUCCCGAACCCGUCUACCCAACACACAACCCAACACAGGACACCCAGACACCAAUCCACGACACAAUCUCCCCCCAAUCAACCGCCCAAUCCCCCCAAGCCAUGCACCAAGAAAAGCAAUACCCCUUCCAACCCGACUCCAUCGGCGAAGUCCCUGGCUACGCGCCCUCGCCUUCGAAAGAAUACCCCAACCAGCCUCAACCGCAACAAUUCUAUACCCCGGCCACGCAUCCAAGCGGGUACAUGACUGCCGUGCCUCUGCAUAGUGUGCAGUCGGCGCCGUGUCCGGUGGAUUGUCCGGUUUGCGGGCAGCGCGAGAUGACGCGCGUGGAGGCUGUUUCGGGAGGGACGACGCAUGGGUGGGCGGCGAUUCUGUGCUUCUGUUGCUGCUUGGGAUGUAUUCCGUACUUGAUGACAUCGUUGAAGGAUGUGGAUCAUUCGUGUGGCAAGUGUGGUGCGAAGCUUGCGACUUGGCACAAUAUCUUAACCGCCUCCUCAGCACUUUACUUCUAUACCGCUCACACAAGACUAUCCAAGCGAAUAACCCACACCUCUCACCAAGGAACCCUCUCACCAACCGAGAUAGAAACCAUCCCCAAAUCCAUCUUCACCCCACAAUACUUCACCAUCCAUGACACCUGCUCCAAGACUAUCCCGCGGGCUUGCCUCCCAGACCAGUCUACAGAUCUCCUUUUCACCCGUCUCGUGCGCCGGAACAUGAUUGCCUUCUCGCGGUUCCCGCAAGCACUCAUGCUGGCCAUGGUGAGCAAGACAUCCGGGCAGAGAGAGAGCUUCAAGAGGGCGCAUAUUAAUGCGCUCGAGUUCCGGGAAGGGGAUCUGGUAUGUGGUGUGUAUCAGGUGCGGGUUCGCAGUGGAAAUAAGGUUGAGUUUGAGAUUAGCAUGCACGGGGUGGAUUAUGUGCAGGGGAGGUUGGCGAUUAGCUUUAAGGAGAUUGAGAGGGAUGAUGUUGGGAUGGUGGUGUUUUCUAGUGAGACGGUUAUGUGGAGGAGGGCGGAUGAGAAGCGAUGUAUGCCUUUGGAGCGGGCGGCGCUUCGGUGGAUGCAUGAGACUGCUGCUUGGUGGUUGCUUGAUUCUGGGGUGAAGUACUUGAUGGAUUUGGAAUGA